AUGGUGCACGUCCGCACGUAUCGCCUACCACACUAUGAACAGUAUCCCGUUCACGUGGCCCUCUUCAGAGACGUCUCCAAUGCUGCCUUUCUUCGAAAACAGUUGCUCGAAGCAAAUGAAGACUUCGACUAUGCCUUCCUGGACGCUAGCAUGAUAAUCUCAUUAACCCACCUGCUCAGUGCAUCCUUCAUGGCCGUGCACCGAUCCCUCACCAACUCACUCAAAGCCCGCACUCCCCACUCAGAACUGGUCUUCCGUCUGCAUCCAAACAACAACAUUGGGGAAUCUUACCGGAAAUUCGGAAUCAGCGACACCACCACGGCACUAAUAGCAGUCAAAUUAUCUCUGUCCCAAGACAUCACCGCCGAAACCGUAGCAGCCCAUCUAGGCGAAGCCGUUCAGGGUGAAUCAGUACAGAUUGGAGACGACGGCCACGAGUUGACCAAUUGGACCGACGCCAACAAGGUGAAUGAGACGUACAAGACACCAAACCUCCUAGGGAAGAAUGGACACGCCUCUGAUAACACCAACUUGGAACACGCCCAAGCCGUCAUUCUGGGCCUCAUGACCAUUAAAGGCUCAUGA